GUAGCAAAUAUGAACCGGAGAGAAGAAAUCCUGACUAGCUUUAAUUCUAUGGAGAGCAUGACCCCUAAAGACAAUCUUAAUGCUUCAAAGGAACCAAAUGAGGUCCUAUCAGCAGUAGAAAUGUUACUAGCGCAGAAAUAACCAUCAAAGCCAACUUCAAGUACAUGAAGAGGAUGAAGGCAAGAAUGGCAAGAAAGCAGAAAGUAACCUGUGAAAGUCAGCAAUCCGGUGGCCGACUAGGCUUGAAAUUAAUUUUGAGCAAGGACUAUCGCCGAGAUCUCAGAAAUCCGAUAGUAAAAAUUUAAAAUAAGAAACAUUAUCAUAAUAAAGGUUUAAAAAAUCGGAAGCCAUUGAAGAGCUCUCAACUUAGCAUGGACAUCAGCUUAAAAGUUAUGAGCAGGAAAUUAAGCGUCAAAAACUCUAAGAAAUCUCCUCAGGGAGGAGCUCAUGCUUCCAUCAAGAACCACCAUGAAGAAUCAAAUGCUUACGAGAAUGUGCAGUCACCCACUCAAAAUAGCAAAGAUAGUAGUAGAAUUGAUAUAAACAAUGGUAAAAAGAACCCGAAUAUCAAAGAGACAGGGAAGAAAAACAUGUGCAUCGAAACCCAAGAUUUUGAGGAGAUUUAUGAUGCUUCUUACAUGGACCAUUUUCAAUAUGGAAGUAAUAUACCUAGAACCAUGAAGAAUGCUCAAACCUCUGUAAAUAGCUUAGAGAGACAUAAAAAAUACAGUAAGCGAGCAAGCCAGACCCCUUGUGAUCGAUCCGAUCAAGCUGAAGGACUUGAAAUAACCUCAUUCCCUGCAGGCAGAAACAACGAGACUCUUGUUCAAAAACUCUUAAAUAAGACAGUCAAUGUUGAUAAAAAUAGAAUAGAAAAUGAAGUUAAAAUACCCACAAAGAUACCAAGAUUUAAGCAGGAAGAACUAAAUAGUAUCAAAUCCAUCGAGAUGAAAUACUUAUACAAGAUAAUUAAUGGAGAAGGACCUAUGGAUAAUAAUGUCAUCAUCAGACAUCAUAAUGGAGAUUUAUGAAACAAUGUCAGAAAAUGAGUGAAGAUUGAAGAAAAUCGCAUAAAAAUCACCGAUGAAUGUGCAUACAAACAUCGAAUCAUGGAAAAUCAGCAGCUUUGAGUUAAUGGGCAUUAUAUAAAAUGGUUGAAGAAUCAUGAACCAGACAAAAUCAAUAAGGACAUGGCUGAGUAUAUUUCCUUCCCAAAGAGGAAUCUUUUUCACCCAAGCUUGCCCUCAUCCAAGAUAGGGAAUAAAUAUAAUGAUAUGAUAUAUAUUGAGGGAAAUGAAUCUAUAAACCAAUACACUACACGAAGAAAUAAAAGCCAUAGGAAUGAUUUUGGCAAGCAAAAGAAGCUAUUGCAGCACCCAAAAAUGAGAGAGAAUAAGGAUACUUCAAGUGAGAACAGCCAUAAAAAUUAUCGUACAAACAAUCUUUCACAACCAAGAUAUGCAAAUAUGUCUCAAAAUAGAAGUGCUGAAGAGCAUAAGUCUAAACAUAAAACACGGUAUAACUCAGAAUACGAACCUGAAGAUUAUGCAGAAAUGGUCCAGGUCAGAGAUCUUAACAGUAAAGUCAGAAAAGUAUUUACAAGAGAGAAACCAUCCAUUGGCAUCAAGGGUAUAGGCAGGUAUUCUACCUUCAAAUGAAUGAAAACUCCUCCAGCUAGGUGGAGAGGUCAUAAGAGAAAGAAGAUUAACUCCAAGAGCAAUUAUACUGGAAUUGGAUUUUACAAAUCUCCUCAGUUUACUUCUAACAGAACGACUAGCCAUAAGAAGGCGCUUUCAUUGACAGGAAAGCCACUCAAUCCAGAGAUACUUAAGAACAGAGAACGAAAGCUUCUUCAAGAAGAGAGAUCCAAACGAGAAACUAGAAGUUUCUUCUACAAGUUAUCAAAACAGUUUUCUGAAGCUUCAAAAAUGCACUUUGGGGAUAACCCUGGAAGGAGGAUAAAGACAAAUCAUCUUAAAUUUAGAGCGAGAAAUCCUUCAAAUUAUGAGCCUAGUUUCUCUCAAAUUAUAGAAACAGCAAGUGACCUCGGGAAACCAACCACAGGUGAAGAUUCUGAUCUUCUAAAUCAGACUGUGAGGCUAGAUGAAACCAACCUGUAUGGAAUAAUGAAUCGUGCUAAUCCCAAAAGUGAAGUCCUUGAUUUGCCUCAGCAAUUCAAAGAGCCAUCCAAAUUGAUCCAGAUUGUACAAAUAAUUAGGGGUAAAUAAAGCCACUUCGUUCAUGCCAGACCCAAAUCCCAGAGAUAGCAUUGACAAAGCUCAAGAGUCACAAAAUAACUCUCUUUACAAGCCUCAGAUUAAAGAUUUCCACCCAAAUGUCAAAAAUUGUAAAAUGUGUGGCCUGAAAGAUAUCAAAACAACUGUGAACAAAAAGAAUAAAUUUUCAAACCAGAUUUGUAGUUGAAAGCGAGAAAGCUUACUCCCAUUCAGUGCCCUAGAUAUUGAUCCCAAAACAAAAUUUGUUCCAAAAUAAGCGACUCGCUACUGCUAAAAAGAGGAGACCUGGUAAGUCUUCAGUAAAGGAAGACUAUAAACCUGAAAAAACUGGAGAAGAAGCCUCCUUUAUCAGCUAUAAAGCAAGUACAUUUAGACCUUUGACAAGCGAACCGUUCCAUAAGAGGUUUGUCAAAGGCACUCGGAGAGGUGUUCCUGUGUAUAAAUUUAGUGCUACUAAGCCAUUGGAAAACUAUAAUCCUUCAGAUGUCCAAAACUUAGCAAACCAUAUUAUGAGUCCAAAGAACCUGUUAUAUGCAGCUUAUGGUUCUUCUAAAAAGGUACCUGCACCUAAGCCCGGCUUAUUUUCAUAAU